CGUUGAUGUUCCCCCUUCCUCAAGAUCUGCAACAGCUAAUUUCUCUCUUUUCCUUCCCUUCUCUAAAAUUUAACUGUGCUCCUUCUCAGACGGAGUUGGCGGCAGAUCCUGAACUCGCUCCACGAACCGAAGGGGCCGCCAUGUGGCAUUCAUCGCUUUUCGCGCCGUCUGCAAACUCUCGGAUGGGGCUGGUGCAUCCUCCGCCACAGAGAUAGUCAGCUGAAGCCAUCACACCAAAACUCUGGGCUGGCGAUGCAGAGAAUUGGCUGGAGGCAGGAGAUGCCCCUUGAUUUCAGCAACUGCCACGGAUGUGCCACGCUCCGUGGAGAGCAGCCGACGCCAGAGAUGGCUGCUUGCGACCUUUCCACGGUGUCCGUGGAGAAACGCAUCAGAGAGGAGCAGGCAUGGCAACUCCAGAAAGCCUUCCAAGACUUGCUCUUCCGCUUCCAGGACUGGCUGUGGGCUGCUGAGCUGAUGGCUGCCUCCCCAAACUCCUCUCAGGUGUCCUAUGCCAAUUCCAAGAAAGAGCUGCAAAGGUUCAAGGUGCUACAAAGACAAGUGUCAGACAAGCUGCUGCCUCUGGAAUCCUUAAACAGGCGAUACCAUCAGUUGGUGAGGAGCGGGGCCAUCGGCCCACAGCUCCGGCCCACGGUGCAAGAGGUCAACCAGCGCUGGGACGACCUGCAGGCUCGGACGGCUGCCAUUUGCAAGAGGCUGAAGCACUUUGUGAACCAGUGGGAAAAGUUUGAGCUGGAGAAAGAGACCAUCCGUGUGUGGCUGGUGGAGCUGGACCUCCGACUCACCGACGUGGAGCACUUCUCCAGAGGGACGUCGCUGGAGAAAAUGAUACAGCUGCAGGCAUUCCAGCAAGACGUCCAGGCCAAUGCAGACCGCGUGGACCACCUGCUGGUGCACGGGGAAGCUCUGAUCCAGAAGAGCCAGCCUGAGGACGCGGAGGUCUUGGAGGAGGAGUUGCAGGACCUGAGCUGCUUCUGCCAGGAGGUCUUCCGCAGAGUCUUCCGCUUCCAGGGACGACUGGUCAGCAUGCGGCUGGUCUUUGAGGACGAGUGGUUGUCAGACCAGGACAGUGAUUUGGAGUCUGAGUCCCUCGCGGAAGAAUCCCUGGAGUGGGCGGGCGAUGAUGGUGCUGGGCCACCCCAGCCUCCUGCUGCCCCCAUGCGCCAGUCGACCCCAAAGAACCCCUCGCUGCACCGCCAGCAGCCAGAGGCAAACGUGGAUCUGGAGUGGGAUCCCUCUGUGGAUAUAGGGGGAUCUACGUCGCAUGACGAAGAGGAUUCCUCAUACUCCAGCGCCAUCACAGGUCUGGGCCAGUGGGAAGAACCUCGCCGGAAGUGCAGGCCUUCUGUUUGUGCAUCCCAUUCCUUGCCUUUGAGAUGUGGCAGCCAGGAAGACUUUUCUGUGCAAAAUGGCUUCCAAGUGGAGUGGGAUCAAUUCAGUUCCUCCAUCACAGACCGGGAAAUAAAAAGGUGCAGUUCUGGAACGCCGCACUCACGGGAGCUCCAGGGAUGUCAGCACCCCCAAAAUGGGCCGCCAGAGAAAGGGAGCCCCCGCCAAGCGGAACUGAUGGGAUUUGACCCCCAACGGAUUGAGACUUGGCUGGGCCAGAGCUGCCGGGAGAAGAUGGGAGGGAAGCUGGAGCAAGUCUCUGGGACUUGUGGGCCUGUCUCCCUACGUGUCCUCAAUCUGCAAUUCCCAGUGCAAUCCCAGGCAAGCGGGAAACGACCAAAGAGGCAGAAGUCACAGCGAUGGGCAAAAAAGAAAACUCGGCCAACCCCAGCCAGCAACGUUGAGCAGAUCUGCAAGAAGGAGCACCUCGACUCCCGGCCAGCAGAAAUCGCAAUCACCAUUGAGCAGGGAUCCAGCCUACAAGAGCCUUCAAUCAUCUCCUGCCUCCGAACCCAGAAGCCCCCCAGACUCCCCGCCAUAUGGAACGGGACGGUGAUGAUCCUCAGCGCCAUCUUGCUGCUGCUGCUGCUGUUCCUGGCCAGCCCCUUUCCUCUGUACCCGUCGGAGCUCUCGUCGGAGCUCUCCUGCCUCCAGGAAAACCGCUACGCCAGAUCCUUCCACCUCAUGCUCACGUACAGUGGGCCACCACCCACGUAGAAGGCAGGGAGUGCUGGUGCGGCGUGGACUCUUCAUAAUGCGUGGAGAGAAGAAAGUUGUCUCUGGGAGUUCCACAGGCUCUUCCUCCGGCGGGUUCCAGAAUCUGUUCCUGCAGUGCAGUGCUGGCUGCAUCUGCUCGGAGUUGGACUGUAGCACCUGGUGAAAGAGGAGAAAAUUAACCCCGCCCCCAAGUGUUCAAUUAUUAGUUGUUAACACAAAUAUUCACUGUUAGGCCCAUUCUCCUCCAUUCAUUUAA